AUCUCACAGCAUCUUAUAAUUUCUUAUGAAUGCAAAUCAGUUUGAGAUUAUGAUCUUUGAUUCUAGACAAUUGAAUUAUAUUUCUUCUAGUUGGGAAAGAAAUGCAUGGGCACUUGUUAUAUAUGAUGACAAUAUAGGCAUGUGAGCAAUUUUUCCAGUUAUUUUGGAGUAAAUGGAUGUGGCAAAUUAUGUCCAUCUCUUUUAAUGGAAGUAUUUCAUGCUUGUGAGCUAGGUAGAGGUUUAGUUAUAAACAGUCUGGUUCGAUUUUCUGUUGAUUUUUGUGGAAUUUUUAUUAUUUUUACUCUCUGAUUUUCUGUUGAUUCUUGUGGAAUUUUUAUUUAUUUUUACUCUAUUACCUUAUUUGCAAUAUUAUAUGGAUGAUCAAAGUCCAAAAUAUAAUAUGAUAAAGUUUCUGAGUUUUUCAUAUUUGCUGUAUCUAGAAUUUUGUUGGCUUCUUAAACCAUAUAUUUUUCUUUAGAAGAAAGUUGACUAUUAACUGACUUUCUGAUCAAACCAACUCUCUGGUUAUACGACGCUCUCUGCAAGGAAGCCGAUUGAUUUAGUCCCUUUUUUUGCAGAGAAAAGGGUUUUCUGUGAUACUCUCUGAUAUGUGUCCACUAGUUUCUGGAAUCACUAGUAGAGAUGCAGCUUUAUCUUCUGAACUCGGAAUGAGAGCUCUUGAUCUGGCAGUUGGAAGGGCUGUUUUAGCAGCUCAUUCAGAAAAUAAUGUGCCAGUAGCAGCAGAUUCUGAUUGUCGCGUACUACGACCUGGGGGUCACCUUAUCGUUAAACUUCUGGAAAGUGAAUAUAUUAAGGAAUUCAGAGAGAUUUGCAAUCCACUCUUCCGAAAGGCAUCAUGGUUGAGACCUAAAGCGACUAGAUCAUGUUCACGAGAGAUUUAUUUGAUCUGCCAAGGGUUGCAAUAACAUGAUGACUUGAUUUCAAGUAGGGUAGAACUAGUAUGAUUCAGAUCUGGAGUGAAACUGAAUGUCUACCAUGUGUUAUACCUCCAGUGUCCAUGUUCCCAUCUUGACUUCGUUAAAUAAUAAUGCUGGAAGUGUUAGCAGUCUUUAA